GCCUCUGAAAACACAACAAUCUGUAAAUCAUAAAAACCACCAGUCAAAAUAAACAGUUUUCAGAAUGGGACAGGUUAAUAUUAAGAUAUAUAUGGCAGGGGAAAAAGGCCAGGAUUAAAUAUAAGACCCUUCAAUUGAGAAAAGAAAAAGGUGGAAUGGGUCUCCCCUGUCUACAAGAAUAUUACUACUCAGCCCAGCUGAGACCUUUAGUUUGUUUAUGUUCAUCAACCUAUACGGCAGGUUGGAAGGAUGUAGAAGGCACAACGGUAAAAAACAUGCCAAUACCAGCUCUAUUAGCAGAUAACAAAUUACAGGGUGAACUGUUGGUUUCAGAUGAUCCCAUGCAGGACAUUCUUCUGAAAUCCUGGCAGGAAAUAGUAAAAAUUUGCAGAGUAGGAGAGUCAUCUAAACUUCUUAGGUGGUGUGCUCACGAUUCAGAUUUUGCUCCAAAUAAAAGUGAUGGCAGAUUUAAUCAGUGGACAUCAAAAGGUUUGACUACCUACUAUUCAUUUCUCUACAAAAUAAACAUGGUUUGGGAAGGGACAUUUUACAGAUAUUUGCAGGUAAGGCAUUACUUUAACCAAAACCUGAAGAAGGCUUUUGAAAAGGGGGAAUCAGGGUUCCUGCAGAUAUUUCUAUCUCUUCUCAAGUCCAAAUCCUGUAAUAAAUUCAUCUCCAGAUUAUAUAACAGCAUCCUACAAUCUAAACAAGAGAGCACAGAAUACAUAAAGAAGAAGUGGGAAAAAGAAGGCAAUGUGACGAUUUCUGUGGAGAGUUGGGAAAAGAUAUCCCGGUUACAGUGGAUCUCAACAGGGUCGAACACGUGGCGUGAGUUCUGCUGGAAAAAUGUUGUGAGAUUUUUUGUUACACCCGUUCAGAAAAGACAUCAAGGGGGUGGCGAUGCUUGUUGGAGACUUUGUGGGUCUAACGGAGCCGACCACUUCCACAUAUUCUGGAACUGUCAGGUUAUUAAAAGUUAUUGGAAACAGUCUUUCCCAAGUCCCGGCGGAAUGGGGGACAAACAAUGGUCAAAUAACUAUAUGAGGAUCAAGGAAGUCUGUCAAGUAAUGAAGGUUAUGUGCAAUGUAAACCAUACUGUGCUUUUCCUAAUAAAAUAAAAAUAAAAAUAAAUAAAUAAAAAAUCAUAAAAACCAUGUUGAAGCAUCAAACACUGAGUGCAUACGCUUGGUGCAAAAGCAAACGCAUUAGUUUUAGAAUCUCGGGUUAUUUUGACCCCUUAGGUAAACCUCUGCAGCGUCUCCCUGUAGUCAUGGUGAUGGAAAACAAGUAACCUUACCUCAAGAUGGUAGAACAUUUCAAAAUAAA